CCCCGGCGCCGCCGCCGCCGCCGCCGAGACGAGGCCGGCACAGAGCUGCUGACACCAGGCUCCGGUCGGGCUCUGGUGGGGCGACUGCGCCGACGGCCUUCACCCCAACGGAUCUCGGAAAAGAAACUGCACGGUGCUUGGCCGCCACACGCACGGGCACCCACGGGGGCUCGAACUCGGUUGCAGCCCCCCUGCAGAGUAUAGGAAGGGACUCCUCUACCCCACCCGCUCCUUGCACACUCUUCCCUCAGCGGUGCACACAGCCCAGAGCACACACACAACAUGGCAGCCCAGUCAGGCCCCUUGGGACCCGCUGGCCCAGACUCAGCACGGCACUGCACACAUGCACGGUGCCACUCUCCCUGGGGACGCUCAGGGACCCCCGGCCUGCAGGCAGGCCGUGGGCGGCGACGAAGGCCCCAGCCCUACAGAACAGGCACGCAUCAAGGAAUGUCAGCGCGGAUGAGCACGCAGUUUGGAAUUUUUGUCAGCACCGGCAGAAAUAUCCACAUCUCUACACGUAUAUGUAGGUGCAGAGGCCUGGGCUUGGGGCCUCCAGGAGCAGUACGAACACCACACUAGUGGAAACCCACAAGGAAGAAACACAUUCCUCAAACUCCAGAGGGAGAGCCCCAGUGACUCCUCCCUGGUGUUCAAAAAAUCCCAAACUCCAGAAAAACAGGAGCCAGCAUUCAGUGUUGGCUUCUUUAAAAACUUUUCCACAACAAGAGGAGACAUAAAUUGGCUUAUAACCAAAGUCCUUCACAGAGAUACUUGCAGAGAGAAAAAAUAUUCAGACACACUAGUAGUCAUGGAGAUGUAGCUAGAAAGCACCCCUCCACCCCCCCCCAGGAAGAUUCCAGGGAAGAACCCCACCCCCACUCCAACCAGGUCACAAUGGCUGGAGCUCUGAGGUGUCCAUGCCCCCGAGCCAGGAGGAGAGGAGGAAGUGCAAGGAAAGAUGGCUGGCAGUCACCCCUACUUCAACUUGCCUGACUUCACACAGCCAUCGACACCCUCUUCACCCAGCCUCCCCUCACACCAGCGCUGCCGUCCCUCCGAUGCCACCAAAGGCCUGCUCGUGGCCCUGCUGGGUGGAGGCCUGCCUGCCGGCUUUGUGGGCCCCUUCUCCCGUAUGGCUUACCAGGCUUCCCAUUUACCAUCGCUGGAGCUGCUCAUCUGCCGAUGUCUCUUCCACCUCCCUAUUGCUCUGCUACUUAAACUGCGUGGUGACCCACUGCUGGGACCUCCCGAUGUCCGAGGCCGGGCCUGCCUCCACGCCCUGCUCAACGUCCUCAGCAUUGGCUGCGCCUACAGUGCAGUUCAGGUGGUGCCCGCCGGCAACGCUGCCACCGUCCGCAAAGGCUCUUCUACCGUCUGCUCUGCUCUCCUGGCUCUCUGCCUUGAAAGCCAGGGUCUCAGUGGCUACGACUGGUGUGGCCUACUGGGCAGCACCCUGGGACUAAUCAUCAUUGUGGGACCUGGACUAGGGACACUGCAGGAGGGGACUGCAGGCCUUUACACAGCCCUGGGCUACGUGCUUGCCUUCCUGGGUGGCUUGGCGUUGUCACUGGGGCUCCUGGUCUAUCGCUCCCUCAACUUCCCUUCCUGCCUGCUGACGGUGGCUUUCUUGUUUGGCUUGGUGGGGCUAGUGGGCUCUGUGCCAGGCCUCUUUGUGCUGCAGACCCCUGUAAUGCCCUAUGACCCUCUGAGCUGGAGCUGUGUGGGGGCAGUGGGGAUCCUUGCCCUGGUCUCCUUUGUGUGUGUGAGCUAUGCAGUCACCAAGGCCCACCCUGCCCUAGUGUGUGCCGUCCUGCACUCUGAGGUGGUGGUGGCCCUGAUGCUGCAGUAUUAUGUGCUCUAUGAGACCGUGGCACCUUCUGACAUCAUGGGGGCAGGGGUUGUGUUGGGUAGCAUUGCCAUCAUCACUGCUCAGAACCUCAGCUGUGAGAGGGAAGGGCAGGUGGAAGAACAAGACCAGACUUGAAAGCCUGGGGGUUGGGGGGCAGGGGGGGCUGUAUUACACACAUGAGAGCACAAGUGACCAGACAGAGAAGAACUGGUGUGGGAGAGGGACACCCCUUGAUGUCAAGGGUAACCUAGGGACUCAGUGGAGAGGGACGGCCUGGGAGACCUGGAGCAAGCUUGGGAAACACGAGAUGUAAAUUCUAGGCUGGGGCUUAGGGAUCAGGGCAAACUAAGGGGUCAAGUCUGCGAGAGAAACAGAUCAAAGGGGUUGAGACAAGCUGGCCAUGAACCACCACAGGGAGGAAUUUCCCCUCAGCAACAGAAAGAAUUUGGGGCUUUCGUUAGGGCUAGAGCAAACAGCUGCAAUGGGGGG